ACAUGCAAAACGAAUACGGAUGGGUCUGUAAUUGCUAUCUGUGUGUUCUAUGUUUAACAGUGACAAGGAAAAAAAGACAAAGUUAACAGUUUCACCCCAAGAUCAAAAGGAAGAAAAACUAAGGCUUGAUGGGAACGAACCAACACCCAAAAACAUCCUAUGCCAAGAUCAGAAUCCAAGCUCUCCCUCCCCAAAUGUAACAACCAAAAUCCAUCCACCUUUGUCAGUGCGUAAAAAUCAGUGCUCUGUUCGGGUUAAGUGUUCCUCACUGCUAGCUCAGACGCCCAGAGGUCACCGGCAUGCCAAGGCAGGAAUCUCAUUUUGUUUCUCCAAACGGGCUCACCUAAAGCUGGACUCUUGUGCAUCAGUGUUCACUGAUGCAUUGGAUGAAACUAGCGAUCACCAGGAAGUCCAGAGACAGCAGCAGAAGUUGGCGCUGCAGGCCCUCUUGUCCCAAUCUCCCUCACCCACACAAGAUGAUCAUCAUGUCCACCUGGAUCCAAUGCCACUAAACACUUCCUCUCAGAAGGAGACAGACCCGACCACUCAGGAAGGUAGUUUGGAGAUGCAAGUGAUGUACUGCACCAUAGAGGCAGAGAGAGAAAGUUGUCCUGAAAAAUGUGCUCCAGAAUUUGAGAUACAGCCAGCUAGUUCAACAGAUAGGGCAGCUAAUGAUGAAAGGUCUUAUGAAUGCUUGAUGGAGAGAAGCAGCCUGAAGAACCCAGGCCCUACUGUUAACACAGUGGGACAUAAAAAUAUGACUCCAGGCCAACUCAAUGCACAUUACUCAAAACAUGACUUACAAAGAAGUAAUGAAAUGGAUACAUUAAUGACAGAGAACUGUUUACGUGAAGGUGACCUAAGAAGCAAAACUUUCUUAAAUGUUGUUGGAAAGGAUGGAACUAAGCUAAAAUGGCCUUGCCAGCUUGUGCAGUACACCUCAGAUGAACCCCGUGUGUCGUACAGCUGCAAUCCACUUUUUCUGAAUUUCAAAUCCACAGAAGGCAAAGAGAAACACAUAGGUACAGGGAAGACAAAUGUGUGCAAUGUCUCAGAUCAACCCGACAGAGCCGUGGAACAGACCCCAAAUACUACUCAAGUUGAUUUAGGCAUUUUAAAACCAAAGAAACAUAAACAUCGGAGGAGAGGAAGAAUUCAUAUGUGUCAAAUAGAUGCUGUUAGGAGACACAGAGUGGCCUGUGCACUUAGCAGUUUUUCCCAAUCACCUUCUGAAGGACAAUUAGAAUUCAAAAGCACGGCAGCUAGCAAACUGCGCAUCAAGCAAAAUUGCGGAGACAAGAGGCAAAAACUCAGGAAAAGAAAGAAUUCGGAAGAUGAAACACAACAACUGCACUUGAAAAGUAUAAUCGUAAAUGCGUUUUCUGCCCCACAACGUCGAAGAAGGAAGCGUCAGAGGUUGCCUCCUGCUCUUCGACUGGCGAGACGCAAAGCUUUUUUGCAUGCUUCCAUACAGUCUUCUGCUGGAAGUAGGGAUAAAUACCAGUGGUGCAGAAACUUCUGCAAAUCUAAACAAGAUGACAGUGUGACUCCCCUCAAGUCAAGCUCAUGGCAUGUGUUGUCAGAAUUAAGGUCCGAUGGGGAAUUUCCUGCUUGCCAUUGGCAAAGGCGUUGUACGUCUUCAUCAGCUUCCUCCUAUCCCAGGAGGAGAAGAUAUAGUCAGCCUUGUUCUUACAUAAGAAAAUCAAAUUACAACUUCCCAAGUUAUAAUUACAGUCAGAUGUCAAACAGUCCAGACAAAGAUACUGGACCCAAAGAAAAGUUCCACAAUUACAGAGACUCAGAAAUCUACAAGAAAAGAAACUACUAUGGAAUUUGUGACAGACGCUGUAUUGUGAAACAGAAAUAUGCUAUUAGAAAGCAUAAAAGGCACCUCAGGGAGAACAGAUAUCCAGAUUGCCAUAAUCAUGCCACAAAAAGAAUUUGUUUUUAUAGAGUUUAUAAGGAUGGCGAUGAUCAACAUGACACAGAAAGACACUGGUGGUACAAGAGACCAAACCCUGAUCUAAGGAGGUAUAAAGGAAGAAGCAGAUAUUGGCUAAGAUCAGUCGUGAGUCACGAGCAGGGAAAUGAGCAGUCUGGUCCUAUGUUAAGACAUAGUCCUGCUUCUUCUAGUAUCACCAGCAUUUCAGACAUUAGUGGAGAAUCUGGUUCUUAUAUUAAACAAUCCUCUCCUGGGCAGAAUGACAUAAAAUGUCCAGCAGAGAAAUCUGCCAGGACAAAGCAUUUUUAUUCAAGAGACAAUGCACCAAGAGAAAAGAGUCUGUCACCAAAAUCAGCAUCUAUUGAUAGACCAGAGGCAGUGAAAUCAGAGCUCCAACCUGUUAUUUCUGAUUUUGGGGGGAAGCUAAAAUCUGCUGCACAAAACUUGAAAUCUUUUCCUUUGACAGAGCAGAGCCCAUCUUCUGACAAAAAAGUCUCAAAUAGCAGAAUAUGUGCUCUUUCACUCCCCUUGAUUGGAAAACUUCCCUCAAUAAAGAAAGGAAUUAAACAAGCAGGAAUGCACAAAGAGAAAUGUAGCAGUAGUAGUUGGGGUAACCAAGUUAAAACAUUUCUAAAUGGCAAAUCAAAACCUGAAUGCCAAGGAGUAUUUAAAACUGCACCUAUAGCCAUGCAAAAUUCAACUUUACCCCAAGUAAGUCCAUCUUUAACUGAUCAGAGAACUGCAGAACAUUUUGGAAGCUCGGAAAUACAGAAAGAUGCAUCCAUCUCUCAUGAAAACCUCAUCAGCAUUUUGGGAAAGACAUCAGACAAAACCUCAGCUAAUCUGCUGCAAAGCUCCUCCAUCUUUCCCUUAACAGAGAAACCGAUUACUUUCACAGAGGAAGAGAUUGACAAGUACAGACUCCUCCAACUUCAGGCGCAGCAGCAUGUGCAACAGAAACACCUCCAAGAGCAACAUGACAUGCCAAGAAGUUCAAUUGUUGCUCAAAUGAACCAACUACCAGUUCCUGGUCCUGAGCCUUUAAAUCAGACUAGUCAAGCUCCCUGUCUCUCAUAUACCAUAAAUCAGCAUGGGGCACUUUCAACAUUCUCUUCCUUCAUUUCCUGUCCUUCAGCCUGCUUGGCAUCCUGCAGCUCCCCAUCUACCCAGACUCCUCUUUGUCCCACUUUUCCACAGCCCCAUUUCACCCCUUUUCCAAUUCCUGCUGUGUUCUAUCAAGCUUCCCCUGCAGUAAUGCUGGCAACACAUCCUCUUCAUUUUAUUUCAGCAGCACCAUUCCACCAUUCACAUCUUCAUUCUCAUAUCGCUGGCCUAACAUUUCACCCCCAACCACAUGCCUCAUUACUCCCCUCUGUGAUUACUCCAGCAGCCAUGGUAGCUGGAAGGAAUCUGCAAAUCCACCCUACAGCCCCACAGCCCAUGUUCCCUCAUCACGAUCUUCAGCAGCACCCUGGUAUUGCUAGCUAGGUUUGGUGAAGAAAAUAAAUCUUAAAAGCAAAGAAGAAAGUUAUAAUGUGACAAAAAGUGUUAUUGGAUUAUGAUCUAAUGCUUUUUGAUGCUUUUUUGAUUUUGCCAAAGGUUUUAGUGUUUUGCUUGUCUUCUCGGUUAUUUUAUUAUAAUUGUAUCAGUGUCUGUCUGCUAUUUAUCUCAAUGGCAGUGCAGUCAGCACUGGCCUCCAUAUUCUCCGUAACUCUAAUUUUCUUAAGUUCAACUGAUGGGAAAAUGUUUUACCUGGUUUAAUCUGUGAUGAAACCUUUAGGUGGAUAUUAAUUUCAUUCAAGUUCAUUUUGGUUAGUGCACUGCAAUGAUUAUUUGCAUGUCAUAAAGCAGUAUUGGGGGAUUAUUUUUAUUACAUCCACGCACUAGAAAGAAGUCAGAUUGCCAAAAACAAAUGUGUAGACCUGGGCAUGUAAAAGAAUGAAAUGAAGAAUGAAGAAAGCUUACACUGCAGAAAUGGAGAAUGAAGAAAGCUGAAAGUGACUUGUUGUGUCCUAAGACUAUUCUCUUUGUUCUAUUACAUCUUUCCGUGCAGUUAAGUGAGGCAAAAGACUGACUUAAUAGACUAUAAAUUACAGAGUUGUAAUAAUGCAAUAAUACAGUUUUCAAUCUAUUCAAAGGUCUAAGACCUUCAAUAGUAUUUAUGUACUGUACUUUGUAAUGGAAAAUACAUUUACAAAAUGUGUUUUAACAACAUAAGGUGUGUACAACCUGCACUUGUCUGAAUUAUGUAUGUUCCAGAGACUUUGUAUUUACUCUUAUUUUGUUAGAGCCAAACAU